AUGAAAAACUCACGAACGGCUCGUCAGUAUACAUCUGUACUUUCAAAUCCUGUCAUCGUACUAUUGUCUUUGAAAAAUGAUGCGAUUACAAAAUCCAUUGCCACAAAUCAUAAUCCAAAACUACCUGAUAAUGUCCAAAAUGUAUUAACUGGAUUGAAACGGCGAGUAUUAAUUCAUGCUUAUAAGCCAACACCCAAGAUUUACGGCGAAGAACGUCAUGAAAAUGGUACAGCUGCUACGGUGGCAGUUUCCGAUGCCUGGAGAUCAACUUUAUAUUCUGUUCGUAAAACAAUAUUACCUCCAAUACCGAUAUUAAUAGAUUUUGAAAAAGCCGCCAUUGAUACAAUUAAUGAUGUAUUUCCACAAACAUUAGUUAAGGGUUGUAUAUCUAUGUUUUAA